UAGUACGUAUCACUUUUAGUAUUUUUAAUUUGCAAAACAACACAGAGGCGAUGUUUACGGUGGACCAGUGGCGCCCUCUCCCUAAAUUUUCAUUACAAUGUAAUGUAAUGGUCAUUACAGCAAAAUAAUUAAUAGUUUAUUAGCUGCAAAUUUUAGAAAUACCUAACGAAUCAGUUUAAGAGAGUCUGGACACAUUUCUUGCAAUCCGAAGUACAAAGGAAUCUCUCGUUUAUUGGGUACAACCAAGACUCAAACAAUCCUACUUUCAAGAAUGAAACUCGACCCUUUUAUAGACAAAAUAAGCUAUUCACUUAACGUCCAUCUAUUAUCUGUAGGUUAACACAAUGAAAAAACAGAAAAGAGACUCAAAGGAAGUCACUAUUCCUAUUGUUCUUGGAUGAAAAUACUGCACAGCAGUAUUAUGUGUAAAUUAAUGAAAUUAUACUACUACAAACAAUUGAACAUCAGCGCAUUGAGUUCGUAUUGAGAAGAUUCACGUGCAUUUCAUGUAUUAUAUGUAUCUGUGCGUAUUUUGGGUUAGACAAGAGGGAAUAGUUACGUGAUUAUUUAUACGUAAACAGAUAGCUAACGUGACAACUAUGCUGGAAGAGAAACAAUCACUAUAGUAGCUCUGUGAGCUGAUGUAAAACUCGCACUGAAGUCGCAAAAACCGCAUGAACUGAAAUAUCCGAGAUCGGCUGAGAAAUACGUACUGUAGUGGACAACAUUCGGACCUCGGACAGACAGCUGGGCAGAUAGGACUCGUGUGGGUAUCUUAAAUCCUUUAACCGGAAUCACUUAUCCCGUCUCCGCUUCCUCAUAGCCAAAAAACUAGACACCAAAACGAAUGUGGUGAUUAAAAACAAUAAAUUUUGGUUUUGUUUAAGUACUUAUGUGUGUAUUUCAAAACGUCAUCAAUGUAUGGUGUUAAACAGGAAACGGCGAAGGUCCUGAGCUGGCUGCGGUCUCUGCCACAAGACGACAAACGUAUUAGCGAGGAGGUGGACCGCCUCAUCAUUGAGCAGACUACCAGCGUACCGAAGUUCUCACCGAAGCUGUUGUUCACCGACAAGACCGCCGUGAAAGCGUUCUGGGUGGCGCUGAUCGUGAACCUGACGCGCGAGUUCUGCGGCUGCAUCGCCGUGCUAGUAUACACCAGUCACAUGUUCGAGGAGGCCCGCAAGGACGAGAGCACCAGCAUCGCGCUCUCGCCCAACAAGCAGUCCAUCCUGCUGGCCGUCGUGCAGAUCCUCGGCUCGUGUCUGGCGUGCCAGCUGGUUGAUCGAGCUGGGAGAACGGUUAAAGACAGGCUCAGAACAGCAUUUAUCCCGUUGGGUUGGGAUCCUCACUGCUGUGGAGAGUAGUUAAUCAUGGCCAAAUUAAUGAUAAAAACUGGAUUCCGAGCAAUCACGCACAACGUCGCUUUCCAACCGCAAACAACAAUGAAAGGAAAACAAUUAGUUUAGGCUCAACAUGUGCAAGAUGUAAAAGAAGUCAAAUGCGAAGAUCAUAUGAGACGUACCAUUGAAGCUCGUGUAAUUCGUCAAACUUCUGUGACAUCGACGCCAUACACAACAUCCUUCAAUAUGUAGCACCAGCAAAUUCGACCUCGAUCCAAAAUGACCACAACGCGUAACGCAGGUAGCAGAUCCCGCC